AUGUCGACUGCAGGCACCCAGAUCCCCCAAGACGCGGACACCGCAUCCCAGACAACUCUCAUCCCACACAACCAGCAGCCGCUUGUGAUCCGCUCCUACCCCUCUCAAUCCCAGCUCGAAAAGUCCAUCCAACAUGCUGCUGCCGCCCAGGAGAAGUGGGCGCGCCUCCCUCUUAGCCAGAGGAUCGCGAUCGGCCGCGGAUUCAUGGAGGAGUUUGGCAGCAUGCGCGACGAGAUCCCGCUCGAACUCACGCUACAGAUGGGCCGGCCCGUUUCACAAAUCCCAGGAGAGGUCCGCGGGAUGCUCGACCGCGCCGACUACAUGCUCAAUAUCGCAGAGUCCUCCCUCGCGGACGUAUCGCUCACCAACACGGACAAGCCCGGUUUCCGUCGCUACAUCAAACGCGUCCCGCUCGGCGUCGUCCUCGUCGUCGCGCCCUGGAACUACCCCUUCCUCGUCAUGAUCAACUCCGUCCUCCCUGCGCUCAUCGCGGGCAACUCGGUCAUCAUCAAGCCGUCCCCGCAGACACCCCUCGCCGCUGAACGUUUCGCGAGCGCGUUCCACAAGGCGGGCGUGCCCCGGGACGUGCUGCAGGUCAUCCAUCUCAGCCCAGAGCUUACGUCUGCGGCGGUGAAACACCCACUCGUCGACUUUGUAUCGUUCACGGGAAGCGUCGCAGGUGGCCGUGCGGUAGACAUCGCCGCCGCGGAGGCGUCCGGUUUCAAGGGUGUUGGCCUGGAGCUCGGAGGCAAGGACCCUGCAUACGUCAGGGCGGAUGCGAACCUCGACUACACUGUGGGCGAGCUUGUAGAUGGUGCGAUGUUCAACUCUGGCCAGAGUUGCUGUGCGGUCGAGCGUAUCUACGUACACGAGUCGAUCUUCGACGAUUUCGUCGCCAGGUUUGCCGAGAUUACCAAGAAAUACAAGCUUGGAGAUCCCACAGAGCCGGAGACGAACCUCGGCCCGGUCGUCAGCGUCGCCAGCGCAGAGCGUAUCCGCAAGCAGGUCUCAUCGGCGAUUGAGGCGGGCGCGAAAGCACUGAUCCCCGAAGACCUUUUCACCGUCGCAAAAGCCGGAACUGCCUACGUCGCGCCUCAAGUGCUCGUCGACGUGAACCACACCAUGGACGUCAUGAUGGAAGAGACCUUCGGCCCUGUCGUCGGCAUCCAGAAAGUUAACUCGGACGAUGAGGCGCUCGCGCUCAUGAACGACUCGCCCUACGGUCUCACCGCCUCGGUGUGGACAGACGCCGACGCGAACGCCGACUCGCAAGAGGCUUUCCUGCGCCUCGCGGACGAGCUGCAGGCGGGCACCGUGUUUCUGAACCGCUGCGACUUCCUCGACCCUGCGCUUGCGUGGACGGGCGUCAAGAACAGCGGGCGGGGGAUCAGUCUGAGCAAGUUCGGGUAUGACCAGCUGACACGGGCGAAAUCGGUGCACAUGAAGAUCAAGAUUUAAGAAGUUGCAGCGGCAGAGAUGGAAAGCAGGUAAAGCAGUUGUAUUGCUAGACGGCCGGGGAAGUGCCACACUGUAGACUGUGAACAUGUAACCACGAACAAAUCAUUAGCAGCCCGUGUGCGUCUUAUCUAGAGGAAG